CGAGCGGGGCUUCCUAUUGGCCGCCGCGCUGAUUGACAGAUAGGCAGCCAACCAGACGCCGCCGUUCUCCCCGCGUAGCCAAUGAGCGGCAGGGGGCGGGCGGCGGCGCCAAGCGUGGGGCUCAGUUGAAUGUGCCGGGGCGGCGGCUGCGGGAGAACAGCGUUUUAGAAUGCCAAAAAUGGUUGUGGAAAAAAAAGAAAAGAAGGCAGAAAAAAGAAAAAAGCUGAAGGAAGAUGUGGCCCAAAAGGAUGAGCUGGAAUUGGAAACCAAACCCAAGAAGAAGAAGAAGCAAAAGCUGCAGGCUAAAAAAGAAGAGGAAGAGCUUAUUGCAGAGGAAGAGGAAGAACUUACUCCAGAGGAAAAGAGAAAACUGGAAAGAAAAUUAAAAAAAGAGCGCAAGAAGAAGGAGAAACAGCUGAUGAGGGAAGCUGGAAUCCCCAUUAAAAAGGUGGAGCCCAAAAAGCCAUCGGGAUCAGAGCGGGCUCUGGCCUAUUUAACCAGCUGGUCUAAAACCCCAGAAGAAUGGAAGUUUCAGAAGACAAGACAGACGUGGCUUCUCCUGCACAUGUAUGAUAAAGAGAAGGUUCCAGACAAGUAUUUCACCAUUUUACUGGAUUAUCUGCAAGGGCUUCAGGGCAAUGCACGAGACAUAACUGUGCAGAAAGCUGAAGCUUUUAUGAAGGAAUUUGAUGGUUCUGAUGGAGAAGACCCAAACCUGCUGGGGAAGUGUGAGCGCAUCAGACAAGUUCUACAACUGCUGUCCUGAGAUUAUUUCUGUGUCAUAAUUGUUGUCUGGUGGAGGGAAGGAGAGAUUUCACACACUGAGGCUGUAAAGGAUUUGUAAAGAUAAUGCUAAAUUUUAUACUCGUAAUUUUUCCAUUGGAAAAUAUUUAUCGUGUUUUGAGGUGAUGAAAUAAAAAUAACAUAUAUAGCCCAUAGUCUUGCUAUUAAUCUUAUUGCACCUCUUUAGAAGAAUAAACCUCUCUCCCUCUCAUUAUUUUUCCUCCAUCUCCCCCUCUAAUUAUUGUUAAAUAUGAGGAACAUUGCAGCUCUUAAUAAGAAGAGCAAAGGAACCAACAUAAAGCCUGGAGGGUCUUUUACAAUGGCAGCUUUUAAAAUGAGUGUACAGUACAGUGCGUGCUCAGCCAGCUGUAAUCUCUCACUUUCAGCUUCAGAAGGAUGUCACUUGGAUUUGGGAAAGAUCAUUUUCAGUCUGUUGAACACAGGUUGUAUAACACUGUUGGUUAUUAGUACUUCAUUCAGUGAUCUGGAAAUACCAUCAGCUUUGUUGGUUUUCUUUUUAUAUUUUAAAGUUUUAAAAUGCAUUAGGACAAUUGUUUAGAUACUCUGAUAAUGCACAGAUAGGAACAGAUCAAGUCCUUGACUACAUGUGGUGAAAUCAUCAAAUUGUAGCUAAACUUAGCCUACAAUCAAAAGUGCUGUGCUGCAUCCAGCCUGCCAAUAUUGCAUUUUUCUCUUCCUUCUGCAACUGGCAUCCAGAAGAGUUAAUUCAUGUUCAUUCCUUUUGGCUUGGGACGUUUGUCUCUUAUGAACAUGCCGAAAGUGAAGCUUUCAAGUAAAAACCAAGGACAUUAAUUACUCAAAGUUGGAUGAUUGGCUUAUUUAAUAACACUGGUAUUCAGACAGAGUUCUUGACCUGAUUCUUUAAUGUUUCUGCAAACAUUGUUCAUACUUUAUUAAUAACAACUAUAUGAAAUGUGUGGUGGUGUAGAAGAGUGUCUGUCUUUGGGAAUUACAGCUUUAAUUUGGGUGGGAGAAGGAGGGGAGGAUCUGUGGAUAUGCAGGCCUGAUUUUCCAAUAAGAAGCAUUUGAGUGGAUUUGACAGCCUUCAUCGUCAUGGCUUAGUACAAAUCUUUGAAAGUAUGAAAUGUAUUACUAAUAACAAAUAACUUAUGAUUUCUGGCUUACUGAGGAGGAUGUUUUCAGCCAAAAAAGACUAGAAACCAGCAUGUCCUCCUCUAAAAGAAUAACUGGGAUGGAGUUUGGCACAAGGAUGGGCAGAAUUGAGCAGCAGUGUCCAGGUUCUUCAUUGAGCUGCUGACAGUGCCUUGGGGUACAGCUGGGUGAGGGUGCAGAGGAGACAGAGCCAAAGCUUUUCUGAGCUGUAUAGCACUGAUCUUGCCGUGAGAAACCUGGUGAAAAGGAUCUGUAAUAAAAAGAAGUGAUCCUGACAUUUAGUGAACUCAUAAAGAUCAUUUGGGUCAUAUAUUUUACAUGUGAGAAUAUGCAGCUGGGAAAAGCUGCUGUCACUCCAAGCAGAAGCUGAUAUUUGUUUCUUUCCAUGAGGGAAAAUAGGAAUUUCUUAGGGAUGAAGUUUUCAAAGUAUCUUUUUGUGAGUUUAUCAUUGCAUGUUAGAUGUCAGAGAAGAAUUUUUGUUCUCCCUCAAGACAUUUGAACAUCAUCACUUUUGAUUUUUCUGUCACACAAAAAUGUGAGUCCUCAUUGUGCACUUAGCAUACCUCCUAGCUUAAAAGCACAAGCACAUUGCAACUGCACUUUGGAAAAGAAUUGUAAAAAAGAUUGUGAGGUAAGAUCUGGGCAAAAAAUAUUGGAACCUUUUAUGAUUUUGACAUAUUUGGCAAGAUUUGCCUUUCUUGGACCUUAGUUCUGACCAUGUGUCAAUGCUGACAAAUCUGUAAGAAGAGAAGCUUUGUAGAUCAAGAAUGUCAUGUUUCAUUUUAUACCAAUUAAUAUUAAAAGCACACAAGGCCUGUCAAUCUGGAGGCCAUGUGAACAGUACUAUAUGCAAAAAAAAAAAUUUGGAGCCUCUCACCAGUACAUAAUAGACCCUUGGGAGUAGGUCCUGCUCUGCUCUCCUCUUCCUCAGCUGCAGUUCCAGCCUUCCCUUCAGUCCCACUGAUUGCUGGAGGAAGGUCAUGGUCCUGGGGCUCUGCUUCUUGCAGUUGUGGAAAAUUCAGAAGCUGCAGUUGAAGGUAAUUGUUGCUGUGGUUGUGUUUGGCAGAGAAAGCAAAGCAUGGUGCUUCCUGCCACAUGCCUUUUGCUGUAGGUACCGUCCAGUGUUCAGAGGGGUCUUGAAAUUGGUAAAAGAUUUGUAAAACUGCUGCUUGGUGGUGCUUUGUCUGGCAUAUCAGAGCUCAAUAUGAAAUAUUCUAAGAGUUGUCUAAUACUAGUGCAAAUAGAAAAGGAUGCUUUAAUUGCAUUUAAUUUUCUUACUUUGCACCUUUCUUCAAUAAUCUUUAACCGUUUGUUUUGGCAAACAAGUCAUCCUCAGAACAGCCAAGAAAUGCAAGAACGCUCAUUUUUGGGAGAUCUGUAUUGCUAGGCCUGUUUAAAAGACAAGAUUGUGAGGACCCAGAGAGCUUAUCCCACAAACUGCAAAUGCUGUGGUGCCUCUGGCAAGCAAAUCUUGCCUUGUCCAUGUGCUAUCCCCCACACCAGCCUCUGCUUCCUGCUCAGCCUGGCAUUUUCAUCCCUGGAUUUACAUUAUGUGAUGAGUAAAUCUAGAAAAAUCUCCUCCAUCGUGCAUUUUAAAUUAUUUAUCUUAAAUUAUUAAGUGUGCAGUCAGUUGCUGAAUUCCUGGAGCUGGUUGGAGCUGUGUGGGGAGAUGUCAUCUGGCACUUUAUUCCCUUUUUGUCACUUGUUCAUGUACAGUUUUCAAAUCUCAGCAUUGCUUGUAUCUUAGGCAAUCACAUGGGCACAGAUAGAACAAAAUUGUGUCUUUGCCUCUGUUUGAAUCAGUCUGCUGUGUUAAUAAAAAUGGCAUCCCAGGCUAGAA